UGUGCUGAGAAUUAAUAUAUCAAUUAAAUAUUUAAUGUUGUGACUUUUGCUGUAACUUGUAAAGUUGGUAACUUUAUUUUAUCUUUCUCACGGCACUGUUUUGUUCCAAUUUUCGUUUCGUUUCUCGCAACAGCAAAAUUAGUAAAGUAGUUUCUACCACUAAUGCUUAAAGUCCAUCACAACCAAAAUAUUAGUGAGAAUCAGGGCACUGGGCAGUAAUCAUUCAUUAUUGGAAGGUGGUGGUUGUGUCGAUUGAGCGAGGUGAAUAUGUGUCAGUUGUAGGUGAUUGCACUAUAAAUUAUAAGCAUCUACAUCGACUUCGUAUACUUGUACAAUGGCUCCAAAUUUGAGCAAAUUGACCUCAAGGACUGAUGUCAAAAUCGCUAUAGCGGCUUCGGCUGCACUUGGUGCAUGGAUUUUGAAUAAUUCUAUUAAGUCAAGCAAAAUAAAACAUGUGAAGUCUGGUCAAAUCACAUUAGAAGAAAGUGUACAAUAUAUGAUAAAAGAUAAAAACAAAAAGAGCACAAAAGCCCAAGUGAAUGCUAAAUUUUUCAAGGAAUUAAAAGCAUUAUGGAAAAUUAUGGUGCCUGGACUAUGGACAAAGGAGAGUGGUUUUAUGGUGCUAAUAGCAUUGUCACUUAUUGCUAGAACAAUGUGUGAUUUAUGGCUUAUUCAACACACAACAUUCAUAGAAGGAUCAAUCAUCACAAUGAACAAAUUAGAAUUUAAAAAACUACUAACACAGUUCUUCAUGGCUAUGCCUUUGAUUUCAAUAGUAAAUAAUGUACUAAAAUGGAGUAUAGGAGAAGUAAAACUUAGGAUAAGGACAAAUCUUACUCUGCAUCUCUACGAGCAAUACUUAAAAGGAUUCACAUACUACAGAGUAACAAACUUGGAUAAUAGAAUAUCAAACGCUGAUCAACUCCUCACAACUGAUAUUGAGAAGUUCUGUGAUACUGUUAUAGACCUAUACAGUUAUAUUAGUAAACCCCUACUGGAUAUAUCUAUUUAUCUGUAUAGGUUAACAGUGAAUUUGGGACCCUCGACACCAGGCUUAAUGAUGGCGUAUUUAUUGGCUUCCGGUGUGUUUUUGACCUACCUACGAAGGCCUACAGCUCGUAUGACGGUGCAAGAGCAAAAAUUGGAAGGUGAAUAUAGAUAUGUCAAUUCGAGACUCAUCACCAAUUCUGAAGAGGUCGCAUUUUACCAGGGUAACCGACGCGAGCAACUGACGUUAUUAUCAAGUUUCUACAAGCUGACGAGGCAUUUGAGGAAUUUCCUCAACUUCCGGGUCGCGAUGGGAUUCAUAGACAACAUUGUUGCUAAAUAUAUUGCAAUCGUGGUUGGAUUCUACGCUGUGUCUCGGCCAUUCUUCGUUAAGAACCACAAUCUAUUAACUGUUGGCACAGAUCAAGAUAGGUUUAGGCAUUACUACACAUAUGGGCGUAUGUUAGUCAAAAUGGCCGAAGGAAUCGGCCGACUCGUCUUGUCCGGCCGAGAGUUGAGCAAGUUGGCCGGACUCACGUCCAGGGUCACUCAAUUACGGAGUGUCUUGGAAGAUAUUAAUACAGGAAAUUACGAGAGGACCAUGGUGGACCGACAACCUGGCUUGGGAUCGAGUGCAAUGGCGCUAACACCUGGGGCGGGUAAAAUUAUAUACCAAGACAAGAUUAUAAGGUUUGACAAAGUGCCACUGGUCACGCCCAACGGAGACGUACUCAUUAAGGAACUUACCUUUGAAGUAAAAUCCGGUAUAAACGUCCUAGUCUGUGGUCCGAAUGGUUGUGGGAAGUCGUCGAUGUUCCGAAUGCUUGGUGAACUUUGGCCUAUAUUUGGUGGUACCCUCAUAAAGCCACCUAAAGGCAAGCUGUUUUAUGUACCACAGAGGCCCUAUAUGACUUUGGGGACUUUCAGGGAUCAGAUAAUAUACCCACAAACUCGGGACGAAAUGAUUCGUCGGGGCCGUACGGACGAAGAGUUGGAGCGAUACCUCGACAUCGUACAGCUGUCGUAUCUUGUGACGAGGGACGGCGGCUGGGAUGCUGUAGAGGACUGGAUGGAUGUGCUCUCCGGCGGAGAGAAACAGAGGAUUGCGAUGGCGCGUCUUUUCUACCACGCGCCACAAUUCGCAAUUCUGGACGAGUGUACGAGUGCAGUCUCGGUUGACGUUGAAGGGCAGAUGUACCAAUACUGCAGAGAGAUGGGCAUUUCUCUAUUUACGGUAUCUCACCGUAAAUCAUUAUGGCAACACCACGAUCAUUAUUUACAAAUGGACGGUCGAGGGGGUUACGUUUUUGGGGAGAUCGAUAAUUCUACACAGGAAUUCGGAUCGUGAUUGUUCUACGUUGACAUGUAUAGAUUCUAUAUUGGACCAUAGACAAUGAAUUGACAAUUCACUUAAAGUAGUCGUUGUGUCAAAUUGUGUUUACGUUUCCGAGAAAAGAGACAGAUAGUAAAAACAUAUAUACAAAAUUUAUUUAUAAACAUUAAACUCAUUAUAAAUGUUAAAGUUGGUGUAUUAGACAAAAUUCUAUAUGUAUAUAUAGAAAAAAUAUGAAAAAGUGUGUUAUUGUGUCUGUGCGGAAAGAGUACCGGAGAGUAAGAGUUGUUAUGAAAAUGAUAAUGUUCUUGUAAAACGCAUUCAUUUAUACACAAAUUAUUUAUGUUUUCUAUUAAAUAUCAAGAUUACUGUUAAACCAGAAUGACGCAAAAAAGGUUAUGGAGCACUGCGACCUUUUUUUCCGCACAGACUAGCGAUUCGCCUAACAGUCACAGCUUUGCUACCGGAUUGCAAGUGAAAGUCUCGGUCAUAUCCUUGUCUAUGACUUUGGUCUAUAAUCUAUACACGUUACAAACUGCUAAUAGAGUAAAUAUUUUUAAGUAGCCAAUCUACUUUUUGACUUUUUGUACUAAUUUUGAAUACGUAAAAUUCGACUAUUGACAUUUUCAGUGAUUUUAUAUAUAAUGAACAAAUGUUUUUAUUAUUAUUAUUUUUAUUUAUAAUGGUGCUCGGUUAUUAAUUGGACCAUUGUUUAUUGCUUGAUAUAUUCCCAUAUAUAUAUUUACAUAUACAAUUUAACAAAAGCAAUUAAAAUCCUCAAGUUGUAUUAAAUAUAUUAAAUAAUGCUUUUGUAUAUAUUGAUUCAUUUAUUUAAAAACAAUCAAUUUUAAUUGCUUUAUUAAUCACACGAAGUUACUUAACUUAAUACAAUUAAAACAAUCCGUUAGUUUUUGAAACCGGGGGUGUUAUUUAUAACCAUACAAUAAAUAUAAGAUUAAAUAGUUUUUUUUUGUUUUUAUAUUAAUUAACUAUUUAAAGCUUAUAGUAGGUGUGAAUAAGGUAAUUAUAUCCAGUGCUAUUUUAUUGUAGUUUCAAAUAUCACAAAAAGUACAAAAUUUACUAUCUGUGCUCUAUAUAUACUAAUAUUAAACUAUAAUUAACUCUCAACUAAUAUAAUGCGUUUUAUCAAGAUGGUUAAGAGAUCUUUUAGU